AUGGCGUCGUCGAGUAAGAAGUUGCAGUUCGAUACAAGUGAUUUAGACAAUAAUAUGAUAAGUAGUGGAAGUGAAGAUGAAUUUGCAGAAAGUGAAUCGGAUUAUGAGAUGUCAGGUGGAGAAGAGGACUCGUCGUUUUCUUCUUCAAGUGACAAUUGUGCGUCAGCAAAUGACGACGACGACCAAACGCAACUAAAUUGCAGUGCAAAUACUUUUGUUGAAGUAAUGGAUGAGACAUCAGAUAAUCCACCUCCUCCAAGCUUUGUGUAUGCAGAAGUACCAGGCCCUAAACAUAUACCAGCAAACGCCACACCAAUUGAUUUUUUCAAUUUGUUCUUCUCGCUGCAGCUUUUUACGAUUAUGGUGACAGAGACUAACAGAUACGCUCGCCAGGUGAUUCAGUCUACGCAUUUAUCGCCAAAUUCGAGAAUCAAACAGUGGCAACCAACAACUGUAGCAGAAAUGAGGGCUUUUAUAGCAGUAAUUUUGAAUAUGGGACUGAUAAAAAAACCGACGAUUUUUAGUUAUUGGUCAACUGAUGCAAACCUGUUGACACCGUGGUUUUCACAAAUGUUUUCAUGCAACAGGUUUCAGUUGUUGCUGCGGUUUUUCCAUUUUGUAGACAAUUCGAAACUUCACCCUCCUUGUCACCCAAUAUAUGAUCCAACAGCCAAGUUUCAGGUGUUGGUGGAUAUUGCCAACGAUGCUUUCCGUCGCUACUACACUCCACACCAGCAACUGAGUGUCGAUGAAAGCCUUGUUGGGACAAAGGCGCACUCACAGCUAAUCCAGUACCUUCCCAAUAAACAUCAUCACAGAUGGGGAGUCAAAUUUUGGAUGCUGUGUGAUUCAGUCGUAAAUUACUGCCUGGGGUUUUAUGCAUACCGUGGUGCAAAAAGUGAUGAUGACAAAAACGAAAUAAAAGAGAAUGGCCUGGGAUAUGUAGUUGUCAUGAAACUACUAGCUCUUGGGAACUACAUGCAAAAAGGUUACCAUGUGUUUUGCGAUAACUUUUUUACAUCUAUUCCUCUAGCAGAAAAGCUGUAUUCAGUUGGCACUUAUCUAACAGGAACAAUUAGAAGAAACAGAAAAUUCCUGCACAUGGUCUUCUGUCAAAUUAUGCUACAGAAGAAAUCACAGAGAAAUCCAGUCCUCCUUGUGAGUACAUCAUCCUCUGCUACAUCAUCAGAAAAGACAAUUCGCAAUAGACAGUCGGUCAAGAAACCGGAUGUUAUUUUUGAUUAUAAUAAGUAUAUGGGUGGCAUUGACUCAUCUGAUAUAUGGCAUACUGCUAUUUAG